AUUGUUUACUCGACAAGAAGAUUGGUUUUAUGAAGAAACAGCAUAUGUUCAAUUAACGAACAGCCAUAACUUUAUUUCAAAAUGAGUAUGCCGUCACACGACGCCGGCCCAGAGCAGUUCCACCAAUUUCCAUCCAAUAGGAUCAUCGUAAUACACCCCGGAUCCCUUUACGUCCGCAUCGGACGAGCCUCCGACCUCCUGCCAGUGAAGCAACUCCACUGUAUCGCGAGGAAACGUCGACCCGGAGGCAAAAUCUAUCGCGAUCCUUUCGUACCGCCGAGCGUGCCGAAAACUAAAGAACUGAUUGAGGAAUUAGAGGAAUGCCGUCUACAAAUAUCGCAUACGUUGCAGUCUUGUAUGCAGUCCAACGGGGCGCGGCGGUACGCUACACCUCCACAGCAAAUCGCUGCUUUUAACCGCAGAUCUUUACCGGAAACUGUCAGCGACGGAGAACCAUGGGCUCAAGUGGAAUGCGACAUCGUCGUCGGCGACCUAGUCUUAGAUAUAGACCCAGAUUUACCUUUCAACAUACAUUUCCCGUACAGAAGAGGUGAUUUUAACAUACACUCUGAAGUUGGAGGCUCAAUAUCAUCAGUACUCAAUGAUUUAUACAUAAUUUGGAGUUCCAUAAUAGAACAUAAGCUUGGAAUACCUUUGAUAGAACUCAUAAAGUACCGAUGUGUACUUUUAAUACCUGAUUUAUAUUCUAGGGGCCAUUUGAAAUAUCUGAUGUCUCUACUUUUGAAGGAUUUGGGGUUUGGUCAUUGCUUUUUGGUACAAGAAAGUGUUGGAGCCACAUUUGGGGCUGGAAUAGGAUCGGCAUGUGUAGUUGACAUAGGUGACCAGAAAACUGCCAUAUCCUGUGUCGAAGACGGUAUCUCUCAUAAAACUACGAGAUUACGGAUGGAUUACGGAGCUGGUGAUGUAUGCCAAGCUUUAUCAUGGAUGUUUCAUAAAAGCGCAUUCCCUUAUAAAAAUUGGAAUGAAAACAUACCAAGAGAUGUAGUUUUAAUGAGGAAUCUGUAUGAAAACUUCUGUCACGUAAACUUAGAUGUCUGUGGUCCGCUAGAAAAAUCAUUUCUAGUUGAUCAUCCAGGGGAUAUUGUCAAUAAAUACACGCUGCAAGUCGGGGACGAAUGCAUCAUAUCUCCUCUAUCAAUGUUCUACACGGACCUGCUAAAGAUAACAGGCUUGAAGGCAACUAAAAUACAGAACCGACAGCCUAGUGACCCAGAAGAUCCGUUUGACGCUGAAUUUCUAAGGGAAACUGGCAGAAAGCGAGAAACAGCAGACCCUAGUGCGAAUGAAAGUCAGCAGUUCGAAGCUGUUAACGAGAGUCAGCUAGCGACAAACCCGGAUGAAGAUAUUGUAGUAGAUACUUUAGAAGUAGGCCCCGGAGAUGCCGUCUUCGCUCCCGGUCAAGUUUUAGCUUUAGACGCAGCCAUAUUGCAAAGUAUUGACCGAGCUAGCAGCGAGGAAUUGAAACGUAAGAUGUACAGCAGUAUUUUAAUUGUUGGUGGAGGUGUUAAAAUUCAUGGAUUGUCCAUGUGGUUGCAGAAUAGACUAGCGUUACAAAUACCUUACGCUUACAAGACUGAACAGCUAGAAAUUGUGACAUCCCCGAAAGAUAUUGAUCCUGCUAGUACAGUAUGGAAGGGUGCUGCAGUUAUGUCAUGUUUGGAGUCGGCCAUGGAGCUAUGGAUUAAUCAGACGGAGUGGAAUAAGUUUGGUUUACGGAUACUUAGGGAAAGAGCACCAUUUAUUUGGUAGCCUUAGGAAUAAAUACUUUAAGGAUUA